CCGCAAAAUACUUUACGCUUAUAAAAGACGUAAAAAUUUAGAGAAGAUUAUGCACAAAUUGUACUUUCGUGUGCAUACUAAUAUAUUCGUUGAUUAGCCAAGGAAGUUAUCAACUGAGUUUUUUAGAACAAGAUUUGUGUUAGCUGCGUCUAAUAUCUCUUCUCACAUGCAACUACAACAAUAAGUAUUAUAGCCGGGGAUGAAUCUUCGCUCACGCAAUGUACAUUAAAUAUACAUAGUUCACCCCACUUACGCAACUGUCAGACAAACUUUUCGUCCCCAAUAAACCGAUAAACGUUAAAGAGAUAGACAGAAAAAAAGUACAACGGAUAAGCAGUGCGAAAGAUAUUUCUCAAUAGGUCAAUUAUAUCUAGUCAUGUCAACAAGGAAACGUACAACGGACACAAUGCGUGUGUUGCGGACCCGGAUGGUCGACAUUGAAUUCAAGAAUCUGUCAUUUGAGGUUCAAACUGGAUAUCGUAAGAUUAAGAAACAAAUCUUGAAGAAUCUAAGUGGAGUCUUCAAAGCCGCGGAGCUGACAGCUAUUAUGGGACCGUCUGGUGCCGGAAAAUCUACAUUGCUGAAUAUUUUGACGGGAUUUCAACAAGGACACUUGACUGGGACAGUUGAAUACGUUAGUAGUGAGGGUAGACAGAAUUGGGGAGUGUACAAGAAACAAUCGUGCUAUAUUCAACAGACGGACAAUCUGUACGGUUUGUUUACUGUUCAGGAGAGCAUGAUGAUUGUGGCCUACCUGAAGAUCGGUAGCAGCGCGACAGUAAUGUUUAGGCAGGUACUGAUCGACAACAUUCUGGACACGCUGAAUUUAUCGAAAACGAAGGAUACAAGAGUCGACCGGCUCAGUGGAGGACAGAAGAAGAGAUUGAGCAUCGCCCUGGAAUUGAUUGAUAAUCCACCGAUAAUGUUUUUAGACGAACCGACUACCGGUCUAGACUCGUUAGCGUCUCUGCAAUGCAUUUCCGCGUUGCAGACUCUGGCAAAAAGUGGUCGAACGGUGAUUUGUACCAUACAUCAACCCAGCGCCGCGGUGUAUCAAAUGUUCGAUUAUAUUUAUCUGGUGGUCGACGGCCACUGUUUGUACGCCGGCACGCCUGAUAAUACAGUGAGUUAUUUUGCCCAGCAAGGUUUUCAGUGUCCACAGUAUCAUAAUUCUGCGGAUUACAUGUUGGAGGUAAUCAAUCAAGAAUAUGGGAAUUAUAACAAUCAAUUGAUCGCAGCGGCGAAGAAAUAUUGCCAGAGAGAGAAGACACCUUUGAAGAUGCACAUCAAGAGAGAAGCGACAUUCUACGACGAGAAAAUAAUAAUGGACUCGCCUUCCGAAAUGACAAAAUUCAGGGUAUUGUUAUAUCGUUCCGCCCUGAUAAUAUAUCGAGAUUGGUCGGUGUACUACAUCAAGAUAAUCAUGAAUGUUCUCGUAGCUAUCUUAUUGGGCUUGUUGUUCGAGCAUGUUGGCAUUGAUGCCAGCAGAACCAUCAGCAAUGUUGGUUUCUUGAUGAUAACUAUAUUAUACUUCAUCUACACCAGUUUAAUGCCGGCCGUUUUGAAAUUCCCUUUGGAGUUGGAUAUUUUGAAGAAGGAACGCUUCAACAACUGGUAUCAGCUGAGGACUUACUAUAUAGCCAUGUUGGUGAUCACUCUACCGUUGACUAUAUCAUCUACUUUUGUUUAUUCAAUCAUUUCUUAUGUGCUAACCAAACAACCUAUGGAAUGGUUUCGAUUCUUCAUGUUUCUACUCAUCACGGCCCUGACGUCUGUCACUUCGGAAAGCGUAGGCUUAGGUUUAGGAACUAUUUUCAAUCCUAUCAAUGGCACCUUCUUCGGAGCCAUUAUUAUAGCGAUGAUGUUGUCUUUAGGCGGCUUUCUGGUAUUUUUCAAUCACAUGCCACGUAUCCUUUACUACGUUAGUUAUAUAAACUACUAUAGAUUCGCUCUCGAUGGCUUGAUACAAGCGAUUUAUGGUUUUCAACGAGAGGCAGUACCUUGUCCAAGUAACAUCGACUACUGUCAUUUACGAAUGCCGUCGCUGAUUCUAGAAGAGCUGAGUAUGACCAAAUCUAUAUUCUGGAUCGACGUCAUUGUCCUGUUCGCCUGGUUCGUGGUCAUUCGGACUGUGGCUUAUGUGACAUUAAAAAGAAAGCUUUCGAAAAUAUGAAUCUAAAAAUUCUGUAUAUUGCUCGGUGAAGCGAGUAUUAUAGCUAUAUAUAAACCAAGCAUAGAUUUUUUGUUUUCAUGCUAUUUUCGUAUCGAAGAUGGAAAAACACAUUGUCGUGAGAUCGAUGAUCCAGAUCCUCAAGGAUGUAUUCGCAAAAAAUGUGAAGAAAAAAUUGUGUAAUGUCAGUGUGGCUGUGAGAACAUAUCUAUAGCUUCGUAAUAAAAUCUUUUCGCCAAGAUUUAAAGUAAUAAUUUCUAAAUAUAAUAUGUUUAUUUCUUCUAGUGAAAUCUUUUCACUGAGUCUUAAAGAUAGAAGAC